AAUUAUGUUAAUAUUAAGUAUUUAUUUUUAUUAAUUAACAUUUAUAGCAUCGUUUUUGUUUGAGUAUUUAACAUUUUUGUUCUUAUAUCAAGACUGAAGACUUAAUCAAAAACGGAUUUAUAGUAACAAGAUUUUUGCUAUUUUAUAAUUUCCACUUUAAGCGUGUCAACUGUUACCUAUUGAAAUCGUUCGAUGUACUCCAAUACUCCCAGCGAUGAACUCGAACCUCGGCCGGCCCCUAAGCCAACACAGUUUCAAGAAUUGUCAGCCAAGCCUGAGGUUCCAGAAUUAUCAGUUGUAUUUGAUUCGUCAAAAAAUAAUUCAAAUUCAUUAAAUAAGCACUCACCAUAUUAUACUAAUAGUCAAAAUACUCAUGAAACGUAUAGUGAAUGGAAAAAUCGUCAAAAUUGCACACCUCCAAUACAUAAAGACACUCGUUACUAUGAACCACGCGACAAGCAAUAUUAUGGAUCUUCACCAUACAGUGAUUGCCAUCAAAAUCCUUAUAGUCACUUUUCAGAUAAAAUUUCCUACAAAUCUGGUAGUGAAUGUCAUAAAUGUGCCUGCCAAAACACUCCCACUGUCAAAGAUAUUUACAGUAUGAUGCAAUUACAAAAUGAUCAAAUUAAAUUUCUUUUAGAAACUAUACAGAAGUUGUUAGUCACUGUAUUAUCGAAUCAGCAAAACCAACACAAAUGUUGUUGCUCUGAGAAUAGUCAUUGUAAAAAAGAUAAUGAUUCUAAAACAACAGAAGUGUUUAAAAAUGAUUUAACUCAAGAAAAAUGUCCUUCAAAAUAUUCCCACGAUAACCGUACAGAAAAACAACUGACCAAUUUAAAAAAAUCUGAAGCUGUACAGAAAAAAAACAAACCAAAUCAAAAUCCAAAAUAUUCAGGUAAACCAGGUAUCACUUCUGUAACUAAAGAAAAACCCAAACUUCCAGUUGAUACUAAAUGUGAUGAAAAUAAAGAUGAGGAAAAUAACACAAAAGAAAAGGAAAAGACUUACUCUAUUAUAAGUGAUGAAUCAUUUGAUUUGAAUGCAAAUGACGUUCAAGUAAUUGAAGAUCCAAUAUCUCCUGAACAAUCGAUUCAUAUUGAUAUGAAAUCAUCAUCUGAGGAUAGUGAAAAUAGUGAAUGUGAAGAAGAAAAUGACAAGAAAAUUGAAGUGGGAUGGACAAUGUAUAAAAAUAUUAUUGGACAAGUAAAUAACUUACUUGAAGAUAAUAGGAGUGAACAAAGAUAUAACGUAGCUGAACCAAUAGAAUGUGUUAAACCUACAGCAACAAUUCCACCGAAGAAUUUGGAACCAUACAAACGUUUUAUGUUACCCGAAAAUAGUAAAAUAGAUUCCAGCUUACAGAUGCAAGCACUUGCCAUGCAGUACUUAUCACCUGAACAAGCUGUUAAAUUUGAUAUGAAUAAACAUUUUGUGCCAACAACACAACCUACCAUGAAAUCUCCAAAUAACUAUUCUAUUUCAACACUGCAUUACAUGGAAAGAUAUCAGCUGAUCGCACCUGAAAAAUCCUAUACUUCAGAAAAUCCUCAACAGAAAUUACCAACAGAAGGAUUAUUAAACAAAAAUAAAAAAUCAUUGCGGAAAAAUAAAACUCCUUCCAAAAUACUUAAUAUCACUGAACUUAAACAACAACCAAAGUUAUCAUAACUGUGCAUUAUUUUUUUUCAAUUUAUUUUAUAAUUCUAUAAUAUUCUAUAAGGAUAUUCAUGUUUUAAAUAUUUUAUUUUUAAUUAAAUUCUCAAUAAUAACA